CUGUAUUUUUGGUUGUGUUUUUUUCGAUCAAAAAAAACUGAUAAAAAAAGCCUCAAAUGAUGAUGAUGACUUCGAUUCGAUUUUUGACUAAAGAAUCUUGUUCGAUUCUUUAUCGAACAUUAUCAUCAUCCGCAUCAUCCUUAUCGAAUACAAAAUCAGCAUUGAAAACAAUCAUUGCUGCUACUGAUACUGAUAAUGAUGAUAAUCAUCAACCAUUGAUGGAUACUCAUGGACGUCGACAUGAUUAUCUUCGUAUUUCAUUAACCGAACGUUGUAAUUUACGAUGUCUUUAUUGUAUGCCUGAAGAAGGUAUACAACUUCAACCAAAACCGAAUCUUAUGAAUAAUGAUGAAAUUUAUCGUAUGGCUAAAUUAUUUGUUAAAAGAUUUGGUAUUCGAAAAAUUCGUUUCACUGGUGGUGAACCAUUAAUUCGUUCAGAUAUUAUUGAUAUUGUUGAAAAUAUUUCCAAAUUAAAAUCAAAUGGAUUGGAAAAAAUUUCCCUAACAACUAAUGGAAUUUUAUUCGGUCGUUAUAGUUCUCGAUUACGUCAAGCUGGUCUUGAUUCAGUAAAUAUUAGUUUGGAUACAUUGAAUCCAGAUCAAUUUCAAAUGAUAACACGACGAAAUGGACUGGCUAAAGUAAUCAAAUCAAUUGAAACAGCUUUAUCGGAAGGAUAUGAUUCGGUUAAAAUUAAUUUCGUUCCAAUACAAGGUCUAAAUGACGAUGAAAUUGAAGAUUUUAUUGAAUUAACCAAAGAUUCAAAACUAGAAAUUCGUUUUAUUGAAUAUAUGCCAUUUGAUGGUAAUCAUUGGCGACCGGAUAAAAUGCUAAGUUUCAAACAGUUAAUCAAACGAAUUGAAUCAAAAUUUAAUAUCAAUCGUUUGCCACCAAAAUCAAUCAAUGAUACAGCUAUUUUAUAUCAAGUGGAACAUUAUAUUGGUACAAUUGGAUUUAUAAAUUCAAUGACAAAUCCAUUUUGUAAUGGUUGUAAUCGUAUACGUUUAACAGCUGAUGGUAAUUUAAAAGUUUGUUUAUUUGAUUCGAAAGAAUUAUCCUUAAAAAAUGCUAUACGUAAUGGUAUGAAUGAUAAUGAAAUUGAUAAAAUAAUAAGAUUGGCUGUACAACGAAAGAAAAAACAACAUUCCGGUGCAUUAAAAUUGGCCAAUUCAUCCAAUCGACCAAUGAUAUUGAUAGACCAACGAAAAUCUAUUUCCACAUCAUCAUCCAUAUCCGGUAAUUUUAGUCACAUUGAUUCGAAUGAUGGACAUCAAGUAAAAAUGGUUAAUGUUGGUGAAAAAUUUGAAACCAAACGAAUAGCCCAGGCACGUUCCCGAAUUUAUAUCGGUCAAAAUGUUAUGAAAAAAAUUGAACAAAAUCAAAUCGGUAAAGGAAAUGUAUUGACAAUUGCAAAAAUUGCCGGUAUAAUGGCAUCAAAAUCAACCAGUAAUCUAAUACCAUUAUGCCAUCAAUGUCCAUUAGAUUAUGUUGAUAUAAAAUUUCAAUUUAAUUAUCAAGAUGAAGAAAUUAUUAUUGAUAGUAUUUGUCAAACAAAUUGGAAAACUGGUAUUGAAAUGGAAGCAUUAAUAGCAUGUACAAUUGCUGCAUUAACAAUUUAUGAUAUGUGUAAAGCAUUGAAUAAAUCAAUGAUUAUUAGAGAAUGUUAUCUGUUACAUAAAAGUGGUGGAAAAUCUGGUGAUUAUCAUCAUUCUUCACAUUGAUUAACAUUAUUUAAAAAAAAAAAUUCAUUAGAUAUUUUCAUUCGAUAUACCA